GACAAGAACAGAAAUGGUAGAGUUUGGUAGCAUCAUCAUGACUACAAAUACGCCGUCUGCAACUGGAAGUGGUGGACAUGACUUGGAUGUUACUUACAAGAUCGCUGGAAAAGUUGGAGGAAUAGUUGGAGGGAUUGGUGGCUUUCUGGUGGCUCUGUUGGCACUUUGUUUUGCAAUAUAUCAAUACAUUGGGAAACGCCGUAGUCAAUGUGAAGAAACAAACUUGGAUGAUGACCACCCCCAAGUUCCAGAUAUCAGUGAGCCCGUUCUACGCAAGAUCUCUGAGAGGCUUGGCUCCGAAUGGCAGAAGCUGGCUACACAUCUCGGUUUAAGCGCUGCAGAGAUCGAGCGCAUGGUGAUGGAUGACCCAGGCCAGACGGAGAACCAGAUCUUCAACAUGCUGGUCAAAUGGAGGCGCAAACAGAGGGAAGUGUUAUGCACAGCUCUGAUGGAGAUGGGCAAAAUGGACAUAGCCGAAGACAUGAUAGAUUUCAGUGACCCUGUUCUACGCAAGAUCUCUGAGAGGCUGGGCUCCGAAUGGCAGAAGCUGGCUACACAUCUCGGUUUAAGUGCUGCAGAGAUCGACAACAUCAUGAUGGAUGACCCAGGCCAGACAGAGAACCAGAUCUUAAACAUGCUGGUCGAAUGGAGGCGCAAAAAGAGGAAAGUGUUAUGCACAGCUCUGGUGAAGAUUGGUAGAACGAACAUUGCCGAAGACUUUAUAGGUAUCAGUGAUCUUGAUCUACGCAUGAUCUCUAACAAGCUUGGCUCUGAAUGGCGGAAGCUGGCUACACAUCUCGGUUUACGCGCGGCAACGAUCGACCGCAUCGUGAUGGAUGACCCAGGCCAAACCGAAUACCAGAUCUUCAUCAUGCUGGUCAAAUGGUGGCGCCAACAAUCCACUAGCACGGAUCAGAGGGACGAGUUAUGCACAGCUCUGAUGAAGAUCUGCAGAAUGGACAUAGCUGAAGACCUGAUAGGAAGAAAAUUGGAUGAUGAGCCUCCCCGAGUUUUAGAAGAGACGCCUCCACCAGCAGUUGAAGACAUUCCUGUUAACCAUCCCGAAAGUAACAAACAACAGAAAAAGCAGAAAGGAACUACAUCAUCUGCGGGACAGAUGCUGAGUCAGGAAGAUGUUGGUCAUCGUGACAAAUCUCAACCUGAUGCCCAAGAUGGAGGGGCUAAAGAACAGAGCAAGUCGGAAGGGACUAAAUCAUCUGAAAGACAGGAACAGGAAGAUGUUGGUCAUCGAGACAUACCUCACCCAGAGGAUCAAGAAGGAUGGGCUAAAGAACAGAAGAAGCCGAAAAGGACUACAUCAUCUGAAGGACAGAGACCAGGACAGGAGGAAGUUGGUCAUCAAGACAAACCUCAAUUAGAGGUUCAAGAGGAAAGGGCUAAAGAAGCGAGCAUGCAUAAAGGCACUACAUCAUCUGAGGGACAGAGACAAAACCAGCAAGAGGCAUGCGGAACAUAUCCGAACGUUCAGAAAGAGACGAUGCAAUCAUCCGAGGAGUAUGGACUGAAAGGGUCAACAUACAAAAAAUCAGGUCAUGGGCAAGUGGGUGUUACACCAAGUAAUCAGUCAGAGAUACAAGAGACAGUGGUAAGAGAAAUGACAUCACAAGACCAACAGCUAAUGCAGGGUCCAAAGUCAGUUCAAGACAUCGUACCUGUAGGACAAACCUCAUCCCGAUCACCUGCUGUACUCGGACAUGGACCUGGGCAACUGGUUUCCGUUGAUUCCAUGAGUGUCAGUGGCAAAAAUUGUCCUGUCUUCUUGGGAGCGGUUAACCAACCGACUUUUACCUUGAACGUUCAAAGCUUGAAGGUUACAGGAAAAAGUUCAGGGUUUCCAAAAAUGUCAAUAGAAACAGGAGUAACAAGGCAGGGUGGCGAGGACCGUCGCUUGACUGAUGCUCUCGGGAUAGCCAGGACUGCCCUACAUGAAAUCUCAGCUAUCCUGAACUCAUGUGACGGAGAGCUUGAGAAAGUAAUAUCUGGGUCUGUGACAUUUGUUGUUCGCUUCAAGAGUCGGGAGGGUCUGAACAAACUCUGGAGUAUGUACACCACUGGAGAACUCGCCAAGAAACUGACAGAGAUUCUCAUCUCGGAUGAACUGACAACUGAAGAUAAGAGUGACUUGGCUAUCCAGGCAACUAUACCAGAAAGCGACUACGAUCGGGCCUGCAAAUUCUUUGACGAAUUGGAAAAGGACCAGCAGAAAGAUGAAGAGGACUCAAGCAGCAUGGAAGAGGUACAGCAUACACAACUUGGAGAAAGCAGCACAGCAACAACGGCUUACAGUAGCGAUCCAACCGAAUACGCUGAAGACAGAUGUGAAGAGAAGGUGAAGACAUCGUUUAUGACAACAGGUAUCAGUGACCCUGAUCUAUACAAGAUCUCUGUGAUGUUUGGCUCUGAAUGGCAGAAGCUGGCUACACAUCUCGGUUUAAGCGCUGCUGAGAUCGACCGCAUCGUGGAGGAUGACCCAGGUCAGACAGAGAACCAGAUCUUCAACAUGCUGGUCAAAUGGAAGAGAAAACAGGGGGAGGUGUUGUACAAAGUGCUGAUGAAAAUGGGGAGAACGGACAUUGUCGAAGAGCUGAUAGGUUUCAGUGACCUUAUUCUACACAAGAUCUCUGGUAUGCUUGGCUCUGAAUGGCGGAAGCUGGCUACACAUCUCGGUUUCAGCACUGCAGAGAUCAACCGCAUUGUGGAGGAUGACCCAGGCCAGACACAGAACCAGAUCUUCAACAUGCUGGUCAAAUGGAGGCGCCAACAAUCCACUAGCACGGAUCAGAGGGACGUGUUCUUCACAGCUCUGAUGCAGAUCAAGAGAACAAAUACUGUCGAAAACCUAAUAGAACUCAUCCAAGACCUCACCCUCCAGCCGGACGACAUCAUGGUCAGCUUUGAUGUCGUCUCCUUCUUCAUCAGCAUACCCACCUCAGACGCCUGCACCAUCGCCAAGGACAGACUUCAAGCAGACACCACUCUCCAAGACCGCACCGACCUCACCCCUGACCAGCUUCAAGAUCUGCUCAUCACAUGUGUCAACUCAUCCAGCUUCAGAUGGCGGGACAAAUUCUUCGAACAGUCGGCUGUAACCUCAAUGGGAUCUCCUAUAUCCCCGGUUCUGGCUGACUUAAUCAUGGAAGAAUUUGAACAGACCGCCAUCGCAACAGCAGAUCACCAACCCAAGGUUUGGCUCCGGUACGUGGACGACACCUUUGUCAUCUGGCAACACGGGCAAGGCAACCUCCAGCUCUUCUUGGAACACUUCAAAAAGCUUCACAGCAGCAUCCAGUUCACCAUGGAACAAGAAAGAGAUGAAAGCCAGACGGAAGUCUUGCUGGCAGUGUCUACCGCAAGCCCACCCACACGGACAGAUACCUGCACAGCAACUCUUUCCACCACCCAAGAAUCAAGUCCUCCUUCAACCGAACCUUCGUCCGCAGAGCGUACAACGUCUGCGACGAUGAACACGUACCUCAAGAACUUCAUCACAGCACUGCAAUGCAACGGAUACCAGCCCAGCCAAGUCAAGACGCAAGACCCAAGAACCAUUCCCGGCCACCUGGGGUGUACAGGAUUCCAUAUCAAGGACCACCCAAUCACCUGGAACCAAGCAGAACUACUCACUAGCAUUGACCGCCGGUACCCCCGACGCAUCAGAGAAGCCAUCAAGAUCAUCAAGCAUAACACUGUUCCCCAAGACAUCGGUUUCCACAUCAGCAACAUCUGGCGCCCCAUCCUCAAGUCCAAGUCCGAUGGGUCUCCUAUACCCUAG